CAGCACUCCGGGGCCCGGACCGAACACCUGGGAAAGACAGUUCUCACUCUAACACUGUUACGCUGAUUUUAACUACGACGUAAAUGUACGUGAGUUUAUAAAAGGUAAUGCAGGGCAUAAUGCCGGUUAAAACAAAGUCCCGUGUUCCUGAAAAUAUGGGUAUCACAGGAGGACUGGUAGAUGCCAGGGACAAACAAGUAUUAAAAGAUGCUGUGGAAGCUGUUGUUAAUAGCUUUGCUAAGCAUACUCAAGGCUAUGGAAGAGUGAAUGUGGUGGAAGCUCUACAAGAGUUCUGGCAGAUGAAACAAAGCAGAGGAACAGAACUCAGGAAUGGAGCUUUAGUUAUUUAUGAAUCUGUACCUGGUACCAGUCCACCUUACGUUUGUUACGUGACCCUUCCUGGAGGAUCUUGUUUUGGUAGCUUUCAGAAUUGCCCAACCAAGGCAGAAGCUCGUAGAUCAGCAGCAAAAAUUGCUUUAAUGAAUUCUGUUUUCAAUGAGCAUCCAGCAAGGAAGAUAACAGAUGAUUUUAUAGAAAAGGCUGUUGCUGAAGCAAGAGCCAGCUUUGCCAAACCUUCUACAACAUCUAAUGGAGUUGUUAAUCAAGCGCAAGGAAGUGGAGAUGAGAAGGAAGAUCCAAAUACGGGUAUAGGUGCAUUUCGUUUUAUGUUAGAAUGCAAUCGUGGGAGAACAAUGUUAGAAUUUCAAGAGUUAAUGACAGUCUUUCAAUUACUUCAUUGGAAUGGUUCACUGAAGGCUAUGAGGGAAAGACAAUGUAGCAGACAAGAAGUAGUCGCUCAUUACAGUCAUCGUGCUUUGGACGAUGAUAUGCGUAGUCAAAUGGCAUUAGAUUGGGUGGCAAGAGAGCACGAAAGCGGCGGUGGCGUUGUCGCUAUGGAAUUGGCGUUAGCUGAAAGAGAACUUGAAGCAGCGCGUUUAGCCGGAAGGGAGCUUAGAUUUCCUAAAGAGAAAAAAGAUAUAUUGAUGCUUGCACAUGCUCAAGUGUGUCCUCAGUAAUUUUAAUAGAGAAAUCACACGGUUUAAAAGCAUAUACGAAGCUGGUAUUUCAAAAGCUGGUAUUAGGGGAAUAUAUGUUUUUCAUUGACAUAGAAUGUCGCUAUACUGUGAAGCGCUUUAUCGUUGUCCAGCAUCGAUACACGUAAACAAUUCCGUCCUUUUUAUGAGAAGUAUUUUCGGUGAUAAUAGACUGUUAAUGGGAUUAUAAAACACCACGUAUUUUUAAGAAUAUUUUAA